UAAUUUGCUCUUACUUUUAUACACCAAAUUCAACUACCUACAGCUUGAAACACACAAACUGUCACUGUUAAACAUAACAUCAUCAUCAUCAUGGGUUGUGCGGUGGCAUUUCUAUUACUGAUAAGUCGCUUAAUUGUUUGUUUGGCAAUUCCCCAUACCAACACAACUGAUGAAUUAGCACUCAUGUCCUUGAAAAAACACAUCACAUUUGAUCCUGGUAACAUCUUGGCAAAUAAUUGGUCCACCGCUACGUCUUUCUGCAGUUGGAUUGGAGUCACUUGCAGUGCUGGCCACCAAAGAGUCACAAGCUUAAAUCUUUCUAGCAUGAGGCUUGAGGGCACCCUCCCUCCUCAGGUGGGAAAUCUCUCAUUUCUAGUCUCCAUGAACCUGAGCAACAACAGCUUCCAUGGUUACCUGCCCCGUGAGCUACCACACUUGCAUCGCUUGAAAGACAUGAAUUUGGCAUACAACAACUUUAGUGGAGACAUUCCUUCCAGCUGGUUUGCAAUGCUACCACAACUUCAACACUUGUUUCUCACCAAUAACUCUCUCGCAGGUUCCAUUCCAUCAUCUCUCUUUAACGUCACUGCACUGGAGACACUGAACCUGGAAGGCAAUUUCAUUGAAGGAAAUAUUUCGGAGGAAAUCAGGAAUCUUUCUAACCUGAAGAUUUUAGACCUGGGACACAACCACUUUUCUGGUGUCAUUUCUCCCAUACUUUUCAACAUGCCUUCUCUACAGUUAAUUAAUCUCCGAGCUAACAGUUUAUCUGGCAUUCUUCAAGUGGAUAUGAUCAUGAGCAACAUCCCUUCCGCCCUGGAAGUGCUUAAUCUGGGUUACAACCAGUUACAUGGAAGAAUUCCAUCUAAUCUGCAUAAAUGCACAGAACUUCGUGUAUUAGACCUUGAAAGCAACAGAUUAACAGGAAGCAUUCCAAAAGAAAUCUGUACUCUUACAAAGCUCAAGGAGCUAUAUCUUGGUAAAAACAACUUGACCGGUCAAAUUCCUGGUGAGAUUGCGCGUCUUGUUAGCCUGGAAAAGUUGGGCUUAGAAGUCAACAGAUUAAAUGGAAACAUACCGCGGGAGAUUGGCAAUUGUACUUGUCUCAUGGAAAUACACGUGGACAAUAACAAUUUAACAGGUGUAAUACCGAAUGAAAUGGGUAACUUGCAUACACUACAAGAACUGGACUUGGGCUUUAACAAUAUCACUGGCUCCAUUCCAUCUACUUUCUUCAACUUCUCAAUAUUGAGAAGAGUCAACAUGGCUUACAACUACCUUUCAGGCCAUCUUCCAUCAAACACAGGUCUCGGGCUUCCAAAUCUUGAGGAGCUCUACCUAGAGAAAAAUGAACUUAGUGGACCAAUCCCAGAUUCUAUCAGCAAUGCUUCAAAACUGAUAGUCUUAGACUUGUCCUACAAUUCAUUCUCAGGCAGAAUUCCUGAUUUGCUUGGAAAUUUAAGAAAUCUGCAGAAACUCAAUUUGGCAGAAAACAUUUUGACCAGCAAGUCUUUACAUUCAGAAUUAAGCUUUCUCUCGUCUUUGUCAAAUUGCAGGAGUUUAGCUUAUUUAAGGUUCAAUGGAAAUCCAUUGAGGGGUAGGCUUCCGGUUUCCAUUGGGAAUUUAUCUGCUUCUCUUGAAGAAUUGUAUGCUUUUGAUUGCAGAAUUAUAGGCAAUAUUCCCAGAGGAAUCGGCAACUUAAGCAAUUUGAUAGGCUUAAUCCUACAACAGAAUGAACUGACUGGAGCAAUUCCGAGCGAAAUUGGAAGACUAAAACAUCUGCAAGAUUUCUCUCUGGCAAGCAACAAAUUGCAAGGACAUAUUCCCAAUGAGAUAUGUCAUUUGGAGAGAUUGAGCUACUUGUAUCUCUUAGAAAAUGGGUUUUCUGGAUCACUGCCUGCAUGCCUGAGUAACAUUACAUCUCUUAGAGAACUCUAUUUAGGCUCCAAUAGAUUCACAUCAAUACCUACUACCUUUUGGAGCCUAAAGGAUUUGCUACAGAUAAACUUAUCUUUCAAUUCUCUAACUGGUACUCUCCCAUUAGAGAUUGGAAAUUUGAAGGUUGUGACAGUUAUCGAUUUCUCAAGCAAUCAACUGUCAGGCGAUAUCCCAACCAGCAUCGCGGACCUUCAAAAUCUAGCUCACUUCUCCUUAUCUGAUAAUAGAAUGCAGGGUCCUAUUCCUUCAUCAUUUGGUGACUUGGUAAGUUUAGAAUUCCUUGACCUAUCAAGAAACAGUCUCUCUGGAGCUAUCCCCAAGUCCUUAGAGAAACUUGUACAUCUUAAAACUUUCAAUGUGUCGUUCAAUCGAUUGCAAGGAGAAAUUCUUGAUGGGGGACCAUUUGCAAACUUCUCCUUCCGAUCAUUUAUGGACAAUGAAGCAUUAUGUGGUCCGAUUAGAAUGCAAGUCCCGCCAUGCAAAAGCAUCAAUGCUCAUCGACAAUCUAAGAGGCCUCGUGAAUUUGUAAUAAGAUACAUUGUACCAGCAAUUGCAUUCAUAAUUCUGGUACUUGCCCUCGCAGUUAUCAUCUUCAGAAGAAGCCAUAAAAGGAAACUGAGUACUCAAGAAGAUCCGUUACCUCCUGCAACAUGGAGAAAAAUUUCGUACCAUGAGCUUUAUAGAGCAACAGAAGGAUUUAACGAAACCAACUUGCUAGGCACUGGGAGUUGUGGAUCAGUAUACAAAGGGACUCUUUCAGAUGGAUUGUGCAUUGCAGUAAAGGUUUUCCAUUUGCAGCUUGAAGGGGAGCUCAUGAGAUUUGACUCUGAGUGUGAAGUGUUGCGCAUGCUUCGCCAUCGAAAUCUUGUCAAAAUCAUUAGCAGCUGUUGUAAUCUUGAUUUUAAAGCCUUAAUACUGGAGUUCAUACCUCAUGGGAGCCUUGAGAAAUGGUUGUACUCUCACAACUAUUAUCUUGAUAUCUUACAGAGGCUGAAUAUUAUGAUAGAUGUGGCAUCAGCAUUGGAAUAUCUUCAUCAUGGCUGUACUAGACCUGUAGUCCACUGUGACCUAAAGCCCAGUAAUGUCCUGAUAAAUGAAGACAUGGUUGCACACGUGAGUGAUUUUGGAAUUUCAAGACUUCUAGGAGAAGGGGAUGCUGUGACACAAACAUUGACUCUAGCCACUAUUGGUUAUAUGGCACCAGAGUAUGGAUUGGAAGGGAUUGUGUCUGUGAAAGGUGAUGUUUACAGCUAUGGUAUUUUCUUGAUGGAAACUUUUACAAGAAAGAAGCCCACAGAUGAUAUGUUUGUAGGAGAAAUGAGCUUGAAGAAUUGGGUCAAACAAUCCUUACCCAAAGCAAUCACUGAAGUUAUUGAUGCCAAUUUGCUGAUUGAGGAAGAACAUUUUGUAGCUAAAAAGGAUUGUAUAACAUCCAUUUUGAAUUUGGCCCUAGAAUGUUCUGCAGAUCUGCCAGGAGAGAGGAUAUGCAUGCGAGAUGUUCUUCCUGCUCUGGAGAAGAUCAAGUUAAAGUACAAGAAAGAUGUUGAGCGGUACUAUUCCAGCUAUGUUUGAUCUUUUCUUCUAUCAUGUUUUUAGAAGAUGUAAUCAUGCAACCCUCACAAGGAAUGUCCAGAAAGCAUGCAUUGAAGAGUCGAGGUAUUUGCAAGUUUUUUGUUACAAAUAAUAUUAACGAUACUGCAUGCUGUCUGAGUGGAUUGCCGAGAGCUUCUACCAUUCAGAAUCAGAUUUGUGAAAGGUUAAUAUUCAUAGCAUGGCAAUCACUGUAUGAUUCAAAUGAAUGGUAUCAAUGGAAAAAGUUUAUGAUUC